UAAAUUUAGUAUCGCAUAGCAUACUUCGUGAUCGGUUGAAAGCUCGAGCUUCUGCUAUCCGCUGUGUCCCAUUCAUCAUGGUUUCUGAGAAUGACAUAGCUUCAAAACCUACUGAUUAGAAAGUAGAAACAGGACGCCUGUCACCCUAGCAUGGCCAUGUUUAGCACCGGUGUCCUGGUCCUCACAUCUCCACUGAACUCUCUGCCUCUGCGGAUUGCACCAGUCUUGACGUCCGCCGCGCAGAUAGUAGAGCGAACGCUGUAUGUUCACUUACACCCGGGGCUGAACCUCUCCAGUGCAGCCCGGCCCAGUCCUGUCUACAUCCCGGCAACACGUGACGUCACCAGCCUCAUAACAAGUCUCUACUCCAAAGCCGCGGACGUGUGCAGCCACUUGGAUAUCAGGGUUCUCCUGACCAACAUAAGAGCCCAUAGCCUGUCUCACAACCCCUUUCCCUCUGCUCAGACCCUAUCCCACACCCCCGAGGUGGUCCUGACUGACUACGGCGUGUCGGAUUCAAGUCAGUCGAACUUAGCAAAGCAGUGCCUGGGAAGGUAUGCUGCCAGCUGUUACGUUUGCAAGCCCAACCUGGCGACAGUGCUGCUGACCCCGGGGUUAGACCCUGCUGCAGAGGGGGGGAGCUCCGACAGCUCCCCAGCCCUGAGGAUAUACAGCGACGUGGUGGUCGGAGGAACCUUUGACAGGCUGCACGGCGCUCAUCAGAUUCUUCUCAGUGUCUCCUGUCUACUGGCAGAUGAGCGCUUCCUGAUUGGCGUUUCGGAUCAUGAUUUAUUGAAAAAUAAGAUGCUGAAAGAGUUGAUCCAGCCCUACUCUGUGCGGGUGAAGAAACUCCAGGAGCUACUGCAGGACAUCAAGCCGUCUCUCCGCUACGAGCUUGUGCCCCUUUCGGACCCCUACGGCCCCUCCAUCACAGACCCCCACCUCAAGUGCAUUGUGGUCAGCGAGGAAACGCGGAAAGGGGGGGAUGCCGUGAACAAGAAGAGGCUGGAAAAUGGUCUCCCAGAACUGGUCCUGCACGAGAUCCAGUUGAUUAAAGACGCCCAUCACACCGAUAUUGAAGAGGAGAAGAUCAGCUCUUCCAGCCUACGCUUCCGUCUGCUCGGGUCACUGCUGCAGCCUCCACAGGAAAACCCAAAUAUCCCGGCGCUCCCCUACGUGAUAGGUCUGACAGGAGGCAGUGGGAGUGGCAAGUCUUCUGUUGCCAAGCGCCUGGAGAGACUGGGAGCGGCGUACAUAGACAGUGACCGACUGGGGCACGAGACCUACAGGCAGGGUGGCGCUGCCUAUCACAAAGUAGUAGAGGAGUUUGGAGCGGACAUUUUGAAUGAAGAUGGGACAAUCAACAGAAAGCUGCUUGGCAGAAAAGUAUUUGAAAAUAAGGAGAAGAUGAAAUGCCUUACCGAUAUCGUAUGGCCAGAAAUAGUCAACCUCACCAAAAAACAGAUAAGCGAGGCAGCAGCUGAGGGCAAGACAGUGUGUGUGGUGGAUGCAGCAGUCCUACUGGAGGCUGGCUGGACAGACAUGGUUCAUGAAGUCUGGGUGACCAUUAUUCCUGAGCCAGAGGCAGUGACUCGUAUAACGAACAGAGAUGGUGUGAGUGAGGAGGAUGCAAAGAAAAGACUGGCUAACCAGUGGACCAACUCCCAGCGAGUGGAGCACGCAAAUGUGGUCCUGUGUACCCUGUGGGAGCCUGAAAUAACACAGAGACAGGUGCAGAAAGCUUGGGACCUUCUUCAAGAGAGAAUCAGCAAAAGAAGAAAUCAUUAACUUUGAUUGGUCAGCUUUAGUAAAAGUUCAGAAAUUAUGCAAACUUUUUUUUUAUCAGUAUAGUAAAUAAAAAUUCAGGUACAGUAAUUAUGAAUGAUUGUAUAUGUUGGUUUCUCGUAUGUAGUUUCACUAAUGGAAAAAUAUGACUGGUCAUUUUCAGAAUAUACACAAUAUAUACCCUGCAGAGCAAUAUCAUGCCACAAUAAUCUAGCCAGACAACAGGUAAAUUAAAAUGUACAUUACAUUAGCUAGUGUGCUUUUGACGUAAAAGUUGCAGCUUUAAAAUAUAUAUAUAUAUAUAUAUAUAUAUAUACUUUUAAAAGUUUUUGGGUAGUUAAACCAAACAUAAUGUUUGUGCGAUGGUAAAUCUAAAACAGUUUGCAAGCUAAGCCUUAACUAAACACUGCCCCUUCUAUAUUUAUUCUUAUUCACUGUUUAGCAACUGCCUGUUGCACAUACAAACCCGAUACCACUUUCAAGCCAGUUACAAAUAAUACUCUGCUUGGAAAGACAUCCACAAAAUUAGUUUUAAUGCCAAGUGAAUUAUAAAACGAACAAUGAAACGAUAAAAGGUAGACCAUCUAUUGUGACAAUCACAACAAGAUUUUCGGUUGCCUGUUUUACUGAUCGUAACAGCGGAGUAUCUAAAUACUGCUGUUGUUUAAAUUAAUAAGACAAGGCGACUUUGAGAGAAUCAACAUCUCCUAGGUAAGUUAAGUAAAAUGACAGGUUUAAUAUUAAAACUGUUUAUCUCAAUUGAAUACUCCCCAAGGUUUCAUAAUAUACCAGCAAUGCAGUGUCAUGAAAAAAAAAGAAGCUGUUUCAUUGGAGGUCUUUAGUUGUUUUUGUAAUGCCAGUUCUUCAUUCCUUGCUGCAACCCAACUUAGAACCAUACUUUAGAACUUCCACGCAAAUUGUUAUCUAGGAAUUCUACGCAGCACUGACAGACUGUGCGAAGGGACUGGCGUCUUUCCCUGCAAUCUACUGUUUAUGAGAACCAUGCGUACUAAUAAACUGUG